CCAAUCGCAUAUCUCAACUCACCUCACUUUGCACUGAGACCACUUAGCAAUAUUGCAUUCAUGAUAAUGCAGGAAAAGAAAAGAAGCUGAAUCAAAUCAACCAAAAAGCUCUCUCUUUCUCUCUCUCACUAUAAUAAUUACUUCACUUUUGAACCAAGCACACUCACGAGACACCCUUGAAUCAAAGCUUCUCCUUCCAUUUCAUCUUUUUGCUGCUAAACAACCUAAUCUUCUUGUUAAAAGCCGUGAAAACUGCAACUUCUUCUUCUUAUUCUUCUCUCUUUCACACUAUUUCAUUUCUGUCAUCUUUUUUCUUGCAUUUGUCUCCAUUUCCUUAAGCAAUGAAAUCCCUUGUUUCUGCUAACUCCCCUGUAGUUCCUUGCAAUCUGUAGUAAGAUUUUCCAUUCAUCCAAACUUUGAAUGAAACAACAAAGUAAUCAUUUCUUGACAAGAAAAACAGUGGUCUGGUUUUACAACAUGACCUUCAUAGGGUCUUCUUCUUCAUUGGAUAUGAAAACUUAUCAACUCGGUUGUUUCAUGAAAACUCAGAACAAUUUUCAAUGGCGGAAAAUUCCUUUUGAUACUCUAUUUUGACAAGCAUCACACAAGUUUCACAGACAGAACCAGUUUAUCAAUGGCGGGUUCAUGUUUCUACGGGCUUCGCCUGAGGAGAUCAAAGAGCAAACCAUUACAAGACCCUUCAUCUUCAUCAAGGAACCGGUUGAAUCCCGACAUGGAGAACAUGGAAAGGAGGAGAUUUGACAGCAUGGAAUCAUGGUCCAUGAUAUUGGACUCUGAGAAUUUGGAUACAUGGGAGACUUCAAAAGAGGACCAGGAAGAAUGGACUGCAGAUUUAUCACAGCUUUUCAUUGGUAACAAGUUUGCUUCCGGUGCUCACAGCAGGAUUUACCGUGGAAUCUACAAGCAGAGAGCGGUUGCUGUGAAAAUGGUGAGGAUUCCAAAUCAGAAUGAGGAGAGAAGAGUGUUGCUGGAGCAACAGUUCAAGUCUGAAGUGGCUUUGCUUUCUCGUCUGGUUCAUCGUAAUAUAGUGCAGUUUAUUGCAGCAUGUAAAAAACCGCCAGUGUACUGUAUCAUAACUGAAUACAUGUCACAAGGAACGCUGAGAAUGUAUCUGAACAAGAAAGAGCCAUACUCCCUUUCAAUAGAAACAGUACUGAGGUUAGCUCUUGACAUAUCUAGGGGAAUGGAGUACCUUCAUUCACAAGGUGUGAUUCACAGAGACCUCAAGUCAAAUAACUUGCUUCUCAAUGAUGAAAUGAGGGUUAAGGUAGCAGAUUUUGGCACAUCAUGUCUUGAAACAAGAUGCAGGGAAACCAAAGGAAACAUGGGAACAUAUCGUUGGAUGGCGCCAGAGAUGAUUAAGGGAAAACCUUAUACUCGUAAAGUCGAUGUGUAUAGCUUUGGUAUUGUGCUUUGGGAGCUCACAACUGCUCUACUUCCCUUUCAAGGAAUGACACCAGUGCAAGCUGCUUUUGCUGUGUCUGAGAAGAAUGAGAGGCCUCCACUGCCAGCUAGUUGUCAACCCGCACUAGCACAUCUGAUAAAGCGAUGCUGGGCAGUAAAUCCCUCAAAGAGGCCAGAUUUCAGUGAGAUAGUGAGUUCAUUGGAGAAGUACGACGAGUGUGUGAAGGAAGGGCUACCUUUAACUCAUCAUUCAGUGUUAGUCACCAAAAAUGUAAUUAUUCAACGUCUUAAAGGCUGUGUAUCCAUCACCUCCUCCAUACCUGUACCUGCUUAAUUCAUUCAUUCCCCCAUCCUCUAAGCUAUAUAGUUGUCCUUAUCUCCCAUCCCAUGUGUCUGUAUAUAUAUACAUAUACUCCAUCAUACUUUAUACAAGCUUAAUGAUAUCUUUCAAUUGUAAUA